ACACCGGCGCCGCGCACACAGCCGCACCAGCGCCCACCCAAAUCCCGCAAAACCCUAAGCCGAACGGGGAGAGAGAGGAGGCGCGCGGCAUGGCGGGUGCGACGUCCCCGGCGGCGGCCGCGAAUCUGGCGGGCAAGUCGGGCGUGCGGGUCGUCGUGAUCGGCGACCCGGGCACCGGCAAGUCCAGCCUCAUCGUCGCCCUCGCCACCGAGCAGUUCCCCGAGAACGUGCCCCGCGUCAUGCCCCCCACACGCCUCCCCGCCGACUACUUCCCCGACCGCGUACCCAUCACCAUCAUCGACACGUCGUCCAGCCCGGAGCAGAAGCCGAAGUUGAUCGCGGAGUGCCAGGCCGCCGAUGCGGUCGUGCUCACCUACGCCUGCGACCGGCCCGCCACGCUGGAGCGUCUCAGUUCGUUCUGGCUUCCCGAGCUCCGGCGACUCCAGUUGAAGGCUCCAGUUAUUGUGGUGGGGUGCAAGCUGGACCUAAGGGACGAACAGCAGGUUAGCCUUGAGCAGGUUAUGGCGCCCAUCAUGCAGUCCUUCCGCGAGAUUGAGACCUGCAUCGAGUGCUCCGCUCUUCGGCAGAUCCAGGUGCCUGAGGUCUUCUACUAUGCUCAGAAGGCAGUACUUCACCCAACUGCCCCACUCUUUGAUCAAGAGUUACAAUCUCUGAAGCCUCGAUGUGUGAGAGCGUUGAAGCGGAUCUUUAUUAUAUGUGAUAAUGACAAGGAUGGCGCUCUCAGUGAUGUGGAGCUCAAUGAAUUCCAGGUCCGAUGCUUUAGUGCCCCUCUGCAGCCUACUGAAAUUUCAGGAGUUAAGAGAGUUGUUCAGGAGAAGAUGCCUGAAGGCGUAAAUGAAAGCGGUCUUACCUUGACUGGGUUCCUUUUUCUGCAUGCCCUCUUUAUUGAAAAAGGUCGUUUGGAAACUACAUGGACUGUAUUGAGGAAAUUUGGUUACGACAAUGACAUCAAGCUUAGGGAUGAUCUCCUUGCAAUGCCAAUUAAAAGAGCUCCUGAUCAAACUCUGGAAAUGACAAGUGUAGUGGUCGAAUUCUUGAGAGGGAUAUUCACCAUGUUUGACAUUGAUAAUGAUGGAGCUUUACUACCUACUGAGCUGGAAGACCUUUUCUCAACAGCACCUGAAAACCCAUGGUCUUCCGAUCCAUACAAAGACUGCGCUGAAAAGAACGUGUUGGGUGGUCUGUCACUUGAAGGGUUUCUCUCAAAGUGGGCUCUAAUGACAGUUCUAGAUCCAACAAAUAGUUAUGCCAACCUUGUAUAUGUUGGCUAUCCUGGCGAGUUCAGUUCUGCAUUUACUGUCACAAGGAAAAGACGAGUGGAUCGUAAAAAGCAACAGACACAGAGAAAUGUUUUCCAGUGUUAUGUUUUCGGUGCCAGAGGCUCUGGAAAGACGUCCUUGCUACAAUCAUUCAUUGGAAGGCAACCUUCUGAUGCUCUGCCAUCUAACAGCGAACGCUUUGCAACAAAUUCUGUCGAAAUGGCUGAUGGAACUAGAAAGACACUAAUACUGCGAGAGAUUCCUGAAGGUGAUGUGAGAUCCUUACUUUCUGACAAGGAAUCAUUGGCGCCGUGUGAUGUAGCAGUAUUUGUUUACGACAGCUGCGAUGAAUAUUCUUGGCAAAGGGCUAGAGACUUGCUUGUGCAAGUGGCUACACAUGGAGAAAAUACUGGCUACGAAGUUCCUUGCUUGAUAGUUGCUGCGAAAGAUGAUCUUGACCAAUCUUCACAAGCUCUGCAAGAAUCAACUAGAGUGAGCCAAGACAUGGGAAUUGAAACACCAAUUCCGAUCAGCGUGAAGCUGAGAGAUUUGAACAACAUUUUCUGCAGAAUUAUACAUGCUGCACAGCAGCCCCAUUUGAGCAUUCCAGAGACUGAAGCUGGCAAAACACGCCGGCAAUAUCGGCAACUUCUAAACCGUUCGCUAAUGGUUGUCUCUGUUGGAGCUGCUGUUGCAGUUGUUGGAUUAGCUGCUUACCGGGUUUAUGCAGCUCGGAAGAACUCGUCCUCUUGAAGCCAUCCUGGACAAGUGGGGAAAUAAGGUGCUUCCUUCCUGCAGACCACUUUGCAACAUCAGCUGGAUCCAUGCUGGUUGAAGUUUGCUGCUUGGGUUUUUUUACCCGGCAGGAAACCAACGUUUUUGUACAGACGUCAUCUGCUAUUAAUUAUCCGGCCUAUUGGGGUUUCAGAUUCCUAUAUAAUUGACAGACAUCACCUGGCUCCAUAAAAUGCCGUAUCUGAUAAUCUGUUGUUGCUAAAUUAGCUCAGCUAAAUAUUGUUACUACCCUAAAUUUUUGCUCUCUUGUGGUACUUGCACUAGUCUGGUAUUUGGAGUCUCUUUUCGUUAUCAUCAUUUGCAAACAUGCUGAGACGUUUAGUGGAACAGUCAUGAGUUAGUGUUGUACCAAGAUUUCGUUUGGGAGUAUUCAAUUGAAUUUUUUUAAGCGUAGUAUAUUCUAAUGGAUUUGA